AUGUCGUUUGGGUUAAAAAAUGCAGGUGCGACAUAUCAGAAAAUGGCUGAAAAGGUGUUUGCGGAUUGGAUACAUAAAACGUUGGAAGUUUACGUUGACGACAUGCUGUUGGGGAACUACAAUAUUAGUUAUGAAGUAUUGUCAUCACCUAAAUCACAAGUUAUCGCAGAGUUCCUUGCAUAUUUUCCCUUAGAAGAAGAUGAAUACGUUGAAGACAUGAUGGAUGUUGAUGAAGAAUAUGGAAAUCCAAAAGAUCUAUUGAUAGAUCAUAAUCCAAAUAGAUGGGAAAUAUUAGUCGACGGAUCGUCUAAUGGAGAAGGAAAUGGAAUUGGAGUUGUGUUCAUUUCACCAAAAGGGGUGCGAAUAGCUGACUCUUUCAGGUUGGAGUUCGCAUCCACAAAUAAUGAAAUUGAAUAUGAAGCAGUGAUCCAUGCGUUAAAAUUAGCAAUCGAAAUGCAGAUAAAAGAAGCCAGAAUAACUAGUGAUUCACAAUUGGUAAUUCGAAAAAUUGAAGGUUCGUAUAGUACCAAUGAGCCAUCUCUACAAAAAUAUAAGAAAUUAGUGUCAGAAUUAGCAGCACAAAUCCAAAAAGUAAGCUGGAGACACAUCAGUAGAAAAGAUAACAGGUUCGCAGACGCGUUAGCCUUUAUUCCUUCCAUGUUAGUAGAUCCAGUUGCACGAGAUUUGAAAAUCCAAACAAUCUACUGGCCUUCCUUAAAGAAAGAAUAA